AUGAAGUUCAAACCCUUGCUGUUCAAGGGUCAACUCCAAAAAAUAAACUUCGGGACAUAUGAUAAUUACAUCCCAGUCAGUGAAUUAAGUAAAAAAUCAUGGAAUCAGCAACAUUUUGCCCUGGUAUUUCCCAAACCACCACGGCCAGGAACAAGAAAGAGAUCAAAACCUUCCCAACUACAAGACAAAACAGUUCCUAGAUAUGAUGAAGACAAAUUAAGGGGAGCUCAUAAACCACCAUUAUGGAUGCACCAUUCAUUAAUGAGAAUUUCUGAGAGACCAUCUGUUUAUUUAGCUGCUAGGAGGCAGCCUCCACAGAAACCAGCUCAACACUCCAGGGAGGAUGCUAAAGAUGUAGCAAAACCUUUAUCUCCAUCAAUAAUUAAGAAAAGUAAGGAAGACAAGAAGGACAAAUCAGAUUCAGAAGCAGAGUCCACAGUUUCAGAGGAAAAACUUAGGAAAGGUUCAAAGAAAGAACCAGGAGCUAAAGAAGAGAAAGCAGAUGCAAAGAAAGAUGUCAAAAUAGAGAAAAAAGGUUCAAAGAAGGGCAAGGAGUCAGUUACAGAAUCUGAAGAUGAAAAAGCAGGUGCAAUAAAAGGUUCUAAAAAAUUCAAGAAAGGUUCAAAGAAGGACAACGACUCAGCUACAGAAUCAGAAGGUGAAAAAGGAGAUGCCAAGGAAGACUCUAAAAAAAAUAAGAAAGGGUCAAAGAAGGGCAAGGAGUCUGAUACAGAAACAGAAGGUGAAAAGGGAGAUGCAAAGAAAGAGUCAAAGAAAGAUAAGAAAGAUUCAAAGAAGGGCAGGGAGUCUGCUACAGAAUUAGAAGGUGAAAAAGGAGAUGCGAAGAAAGAUUCAAAAAAAGAUAAGAAAGGUUCAAAGAAGGGCAAAGAGUCCAUUACAGAAGCAGAAGGUGAAAAGAAAGAUGGAAAGAAGGAUAAGAAAGGGAACAAGGAUUCAAAGAAACCUGGUGAGAAAGGAGAUGAAUCAAAGGACAAGAAAGAUUCAAAGAAGAAGGAGAGUAAAAAAGAUAAGAAAGAUGAAAAGAAGCCCGGUGAGGCAGAUAGUGAGUCAAAAGAUGCUGCCAAGAAAGAAAAGAAAGAUGCCAAGAAAGAAACUGACACAGAAUCUGCUGAGUCAAAGAAAGAUGCCAAGAAGGAUGCAAAGAAAUAUGCCAAGAAGGGCAAGUAG